UUUGUACACAUUUGUCAAAUCAAUGCCUGCCGUAAAGUUGGAGUGGUAUAAGAAAUUUGGACCACUUUAUGGAGUGUUCAACAAAACUGAGCCCAUCUUAACGGUGGCCAAACCGGAACUGAUUAAAACAAUUUUGGUCAAAGACUUUCACCUGUUCACAGACCGCCGGACACGACCGGCCGCUCAUCACGUGUUGGACAAGAAUCUGUUCCACUCGAGAGGCGAAGACUGGAAGCGCUACCGAUCUAUAAUGAGUCCGACAUUCACGUCGGGAAAGAUGCGUAAAAUGUAUCCAAUGAUCAGAGAGUGUUUGAACGAGUUUCUCGAUGUGUUGGACGUGUCGGCGGCCAAUGGGGCGGACAUUAACCUGAAGGACAUGCACGGGAACUUCACGAUGGAUGUGAUCGCC